GAUAGAAGAGCGGUGGGCUUCGAGGUCGUGGGUUGUUUAUUUGGAAGCAUGUAGAAUGUUGGGAACAAACCAUUGGCAAAUGGAUCGAAGGGAGUGAAAAACUGAAAAGGUAAAGAAAAUAAAGGAUUAGGCCUCGCGAGAAGAGAGGAUUAAGAAAGAUCGAGAUGAUUGGUAUAAUUGAGGGACCAGAAAGAGAGAGAGAGAAAGGAAAGGGGUAUGUCGACGAGACGAAUCCGAAGUUGACACUUCCAAAACCUACCGACUCUGUUGGUUUUACUGGUAACACCGAAUCGCUUCUUCAUUUUUUUCAACGACUCUGUACGGCAGCAGCAGACCAGUUCGUGGUUGGUAUGAGCGUGAUUACCAGAGAGUGAAGAAUGGAUAUAGAGAGAUCGUCGCUGUGCAAUUGCGUGGUGAAUUUCUUAUUGGAAGAGAAAUAUCUGUUGACGGCGUUCGAGCUCUUACAAGAGCUCCUUGAAGAUGGCAGAGACGAUCAGGCCAUUCGCCUCAAACAAUUCUUUUCUGAUUCAACUCAGUUCCCUCCCGAUCUCAUCUCUCGCUUCAACUCUCUUCGAGUUGCAGAUCCUCAGAGUUUACUAGAAGAGAAAUUAGCACUGGAAGAAAAAUUAGCAAUUAGUGAUUAUGAACUCCGUUUAGCGCAAGAGGACAUUACGAAAUUAAAGACUGAUAUAAACAAAAAGACUGAUUUACCACAGGAUAAUUUGCAUGAGUUAGAUGCUGAUGACAAUGUACAACAUGGAACUGAGAUCCAACGAAAGAAGAGGGAUGCAUUUUUAUCUGAUUUGGGUCCUUUGAAGGAUAAUGAACGUAGAGAUCUUAACUGUGCUGUAAAGGAAUAUUUACUUCUAGCAGGGUACCGGCUUACAACAAUGACUUUUUAUGAAGAGAAAGCUAAAAAAGACAUAUCAUUGGUCAAAAGGAAAGUCAGUGAACAAUUUGGAAUGCAGGUUACAGACCAAAACUUAGAUGUUUGGGAGAACACACCUGCAUGUGUACCAGAUGCCUUACGGCAUUAUUAUUAUCAGUAUCUUUCAUCCACUUCUGAGGCUGCUGAGGAGAAAAUUGCUAUGCUUCGAGAAAAUGAGUCAUUGCUAAAAGCGAAUGAGAGUUUGAAUAUUGAAAAGGAGAGCUUACUGAAAAACAAAGAAGUUUCUGAUGGUCAAAUAAGUUUAUUAACCAAAUCAUUAGAAGCAGUUCAUAAGGAUCUUAAGGAAAGGGAGAAAUUGGUGCAAGAUUUGAGGAAGGCUUUGGAGCACCAACGGAAGGAACUUAAUGAUUGCAGAGCUGAAAUUACUGCACUCAAAAUGCAUAUUGAAGGAUCCUGUUCUUCACAGAAUUUGGUAGCUCCUGAUGUUGAUGUUGUCCAAUCCCAGUCCUUGGAAAAAUACAAGGAAGAGAUAAAAGCUUUGCGGAUGGAAAUUGAAAGAUUAAAGGCAAAGAGUACUAAUGCUCCUGACUCUGUAGGCUCUGUCUAUUCUGAGUCUACACAGACAGAAGAGAAAGUAGUUGAAGUGGACGAAAAUAAAUCUGUAACCUCUUACCCAAUUAGUAUGGUUGAAGUUUUAAACAGUGAAGAAGUUCAGUCAUUGGCUACUCAGAUCCUUGAUCAUAGCACGAUUAAACAACCUGAGGAAGCUUCACAAGAGGCAUUGACAAAUCUUUCAAAUGCAAAUAAUGAUUUAGAAAACAGUGAAAGUAUUCUCAAACAGAAUGAUGAACCAACACCAGAGGACAGUGUGCUCAAUUUGAAAUCGGGCUGUCUUAGUGAUGAAGCUGACAAAAUGGGUUUAGGAACUAUUCAGAUCCUUGCAGAUGCCUUGCCCAAGAUUGUUCCUUAUGUUCUGAUAAACCAUCGGGAGGAGCUUCUUCCUCUGAUAAUGUGUGCAAUUGAGCGCCAUCCAGAUGGCAGCACACGAGAUACCCUGACCCAUUCACUAUUUAAUUUGAUCAAACGUCCAGAUGAACAGCAGAGAAAAAUUAUAAUGGAUGCUUGUGUUACCCUUGCUAAGAAUGUUGGAGAGAUGAGAACAGAAAUGGAAUUGCUUCCUCAGUGUUGGGAACAGAUAAAUCACAUGUAUGAAGAACGUCGGUUGCUUGUUGCACAAUCAUGUGGAGAGCUUGCAGAAUUUGUCCGGCCUGAGAUUCGUGAUUCUCUUAUAUUGUCUAUUGUGCAACAACUGAUAGAAGAUGCAGCAACUGUUGUACGAGAGGCUGCUGCUCAUAAUCUGGCCUUGCUGCUCCCACUCUUUCCGAAUUUGGACAAAUAUUUCAAGGUGGAGGAUUUGAUGUUCCAGUUGGUCUGUGAUGCCUCAGGAGUGGUGGUAGAAACUACACUUAAAGAACUACUUCCUGCUGUGAUAAAUUGGGGAAACAAAUUGGACCAUAUUUUGAGAGUGUUACUUUCCUAUAUCUUGAGCUCUGCUGAGCAUUGUCCACCUCUUUCUGGAGUCGAAGGGUCUAUAGAGUCACAUCUGCAUGUUUUAGGUGAAAGGGAGCGGUGGAAUAUUGAAGUUCUACUGAGAAUGCUGGUAGAAUUGCUUCCUUUUGUGCAGCAGAAUGCAAUUGAGACAUGUCCGUUUUCGGCUGCUUCAGUAUCAGAGGGAGCUUUUCCUAGUUCCUUGCUUGAAUUGUAUGCCGGCGGACAUGUUGAUUGGCCAGCAUUUGAAUGGAUGCAUGCCAACUGCUUUCCUGAUUUGAUACAGCUGGCCUGCAUGUUACCUCAGAAAGAAGAUAAUUUGAGAAACCUAGUUACUAAGUUUUUGUUGGCUGUGUCAAAAAAUUAUGGAGAUUCUUACCUAACACACAUUAUGCUGCCUGUAUUCUUGGUAGCAGUUGGGGAUAAUGCUGAUUUGACAUAUUUUCCUUCAACCAUUCAUUCAAGAAUCAAAGGUAAUGGACUCUUUAUGUUUGUUGGUAUUGUUUCAGAUCUUGUUUUGUUAUCUAAUUGUUAUUUGAUUGCAGGUCUUAGGCCAAAAACUGCUGUGGCUGAGAAACUUGCUUCUAUGUGUGUACUGCCGCUUCUCUUGGCUGGUGUUUUAGGCUCUCCUAGCAAACAUGAACAAUUAGCAGACUACUUGAGAAAGCUGUUAGUUGAAGGCGCCAUGAAAGAGAAUCAUUCAGUGAAGUGCAGUGCUGAGAUUAAUAAUGCCGUCCGCUUCGUCUGCACAUUUGAAGAAUAUCAUGGUAUGGUAUUUAAUAUUUUGUGGGAAAUGGUCGUCAGCUCCAAUGUUGAUAUGAAAAUCAAUGCUUCCAAUCUUUUGAAAGUUGUUGUACCAUAUAUUGAUGCAAAAGUUGCCUCUACUCAUGUUCUUCCUGCAUUGGUUACUCUUGGGUCUGACCAAAACCUGAAUGUGAAGUAUGCCAGCAUAGAUGCAUUUGGAGCUGUGGCACAACAUUUUAAAAAUGACAUGAUUGUCGAUAAGAUUCGUGUUCAAAUGGAUGCUUUUCUUGAAGAUGGAUCCCAUGAAGCAACUGUUGCUGUGGUCCGUGCAUUGGCGGUAGCAGUACCGCAUACAACUGAUAGACUUAGAGAUUAUUUGUUGUCCAAGAUAUUCCAUCUUUCAGCAAUACCAACUUCUUCAAGUGAUCUUGUGCGUCGUCGUGAAAAAGCUAAUGCUUACUGUGAAUCAAUUCGUGCUUUGGAUGCUGCAGAUCUUUCUGCUACCAGUGUCCGGGACUUCCUGAUACCUGCCAUACAAAACCUGUUAAAGGACCCUGAUGCACUGGACCCAGCACACAAAGAAGCCAUUGAAAUAAUAUUGAAAGAAAGGUCUGGUGGAACUCUUGAGGCCAUCAGUAAGGUAGUGGGUGCUCAUCUAGGGAUUGCAUCGUCUGUUACCAGCUUCUUUGGUGAAGGCGGGCUAUUAGGCAAGAAAGAAAUUUCAGAGCCACUGCCACCACCACCUGAGCUAGUGGAGUCCUCAUCCACAGUCACCUUGCCAGUUUCUCCGGCAGAGGAUACUAGAUUCAGGCGAAUCAUGAGGGGGAAUUUCACAGACAUGCUCAGGAGCAAAGGUAAGACUGCAGAAGAUAAAUGAUGUUUUUUUUUUGGGUCUCCCAGUUCAGUUAAACAAAGACCACCGUGCCAUUAUUUCUUCUUUGUUAUUUAUUGACAUUCUUAGUCCAUGGGUAGUUUUCUCCAAAUUCUUAGAAUGCAGAUGUGGAUCUUAAUGCUUCACCUGAACUUGGCGCCUUCAACUAACUUGGUCAUCUUGUAAAACUUCCCUAGUAAUGAAUUAUGAUUGAGAAA